AACUAGAGUUGCGCCAGAUGGCUGCCUUUGUUUUGUUUUGAAAAGCAGACGAAUUGUUAUGCCAGUUACACGAAACAUUGGUUUUCUUUCACCAAAAGUUUUUUCGUUUCAGCUUUGAUUUAUUACGAUUCGUGUUUUUGCUAUGGAAGAUAAGCAACGUAAAAACGACGUUAAGAAUGCGAUUCGCCAGAAUGGACAUGCGGGGCACAAACCUCGUAUCAAGGAAGUUCGGGAAUCCAACGACAGUUCAGAAGAAGACGGGAGCAAACGAGUAAAAAAGGCUAGAUUUCCCAAAAGAGUAAAGAGGUUUAUCCCUCAGCAGUAUUCUUCAACAACUGUCAACAAAUUGGUUCCAACAGACAAUUUAAAAAAAAACAGCAAGAAAACAUUGACAGGCAAGCUAUAAUGCUGCAUGAGCAAAUGAAAGGUUCACAACAUGCUCAAGAGAAGCCUCAUGCUGAUAGUGAUCUACUCGUCAAAAGUUUUGAUACCAGUCAAAAGGAAAAUGGAGGCUCCAGUGGCUUACGGGAAGAAAUAAAUAUGAUCAGUAAUCAUGCAUCAGAUCUGCUAAGCACGGCCUUAGAGGAAGAAACAAGAAGCUCAGAAAAUAUUCCUGUUAAUCACAAUUGGACGGAACGAAUGAAAAAUGUUCACCAACCUUGGGAUAGGAAUCGACAAAUAUUUUGGGAUUCACGACUCGAAAUAGAAUGUCAAGAAUUUAACGUGUGUGCUUCGUGUUUUAACGAGCUCCAUCACUAUGUAAUUUGUUGCUCAAAUUGCAAGAGAGAUUUAUGUGCUCUUUGCGAUUCAAAAGUGCACGAGCAUUCACCAUUCCAUAGCAGGACACUAUACAAAGAAGAAGACUUGUCCGCAACCAAACUUCUUCCACGUCAUGUCUUUAAUCACACAACACAAAUGAUUGAAAGCAGGGUCGUUCCGGUUCCAUGCUACCUCCCACUAUCUUGCCCAAAAUGUUCCAUGACCGGAACUCUAAACUUGCAAGGCGGAGAGAAAGAGAAAAUUGUAAUUACAAAAGACGGUCGUUUUGAUUUGAAUUCCCCAUUAGUUUGUUACUCUUCUGAUAGUUGUAGCUAUGGUGCAGAGCUGACUUAAAAAGACUAUAUUCAGUCAAACUGGUGGCCCGGAACUCCGUCCUGUUCCACAUAUCUAUUCUCUGGAGAUCUUCUGCAAUUCUGGUUUCAUCUGAAACAUCAAAACUUGGGGUCAUCGGAGCGAAAGUUUAUUGAAACACUGAAUCGAAUUUCAAAAGCUUCUGAUAG